AAGGCAUUCAUCCAUAUCCUAAGCCUGCGAGGGGAACGGUUCAACGACACCAGCAUCAGCCUAACUAAAUAUAUCAGAAACGCAAGCAUCUUGCGCGGUGCUGGAGAAUGAGACGCAGCUAUAAUGGGUGUAUAUAACAAAAAAGUAGCUAUCAGAAACUUAACCGUUAAUCUUUUUUGAUUUUUGCUGCUGGUUGUAGACGUCAUUGGAGAAUUGGCAUCGUGCAGGAUUUCUAUGCGGUUCUAGUCGUCUCUACUUGUGGAUAUAUAGCAUAGAACAUUCUGUGGGAUUGAAUCACAGCAGCUUCAACCAUGUCUGGCGCCUCGGUGAAAGUGGCUGUCAGAGUUCGGCCCUUCAACUCAAGAGAGACCAGCAAAGAUUCAAAAUGCAUUAUACAGAUGCAAGGGAACUCCACCACUAUUUUGAACCCAAAGAACCCCAAGGAACCACCCAAAUCUUUCAGCUUUGACUACUCCUACUGGUCUCACACCUCACCGGACGACCCUUGCUUUGCAUCACAGAGCCUUGUGUUCAAUGACAUUGGGAAGGAAAUGUUGCAGCAUGCUUUUGAGGGAUAUAAUGUCUGUAUUUUCGCCUACGGCCAGACCGGAGCUGGCAAGUCCUACACCAUGAUGGGAAAACAAGAAGAAGGACAGGAAGGCAUUAUUCCUCUGCUCUGUGAAGAUCUCUUUGAGAAAAUCAAUGACAAUAGCAAUGAGGAGAUCUCGUACUCAGUGGAGGUGGCUUAUAUGGAGAUAUACUGUGAGCGGGUGAGAGACCUGCUCAACCCUAAAAAUAAAGGGAACCUGCGUGUCAGGGAACAUCCUCUACUCGGGCCAUAUGUUGAAGACCUCUCAAAACUGGCCGUCAUGUCUUACACAGACAUAGCUGACCUCAUGGAUGCUGGUAACAAAGCCAGAACUGUUGCUGCCACCAACAUGAAUGAGACAAGCAGCCGGUCUCAUGCAGUCUUCACUAUUGUUUUCACGCAGAGGAAGUAUGACAGCGAGACGGACCUGUCCACAGAGAAGGUCAGCAAAAUCAGCCUGGUGGAUCUGGCAGGAAGUGAGCGUGCUGACUCAACAGGGGCUAAAGGAACCAGACUGAAGGAGGGAGCAAACAUCAAUAAAUCUCUAACUACACUAGGAAAGGUUAUUUCAGCGCUGGCUGAGGUGGAUAACUGUACCAGUAAGAGCAAAAAGAAAAAGAAGACAGACUUCAUUCCUUACCGAGACUCCGUGUUGACAUGGCUGCUCAGAGAGAAUUUAGGAGGGAACUCAAGGACAGCUAUGGUGGCCGCCCUGAGUCCUGCUGACAUUAACUAUGAUGAAACUCUCAGCACACUCAGAUAUGCAGACAGAGCCAAGCAAAUCAAGUGCAAUGCCGUCAUCAACGAGGACCCCAACAACAGACUGGUGCGGGAGCUGAAGGACGAGGUGACGCGUCUAAAGGAGCUGCUCCGUGCCCAGGGCCUUGGGGACAUUCUGGACAUCAAGCCAAUGGGGGAUGAUUACCUUGGAAGUGGAAGCAAAUGUGUGUAUACGCUUGACGGGGCCUUAUCUUCUCGCUCUCCUCUUUUGUUACCAGUACCCUUUUCAUCGCUUCUGGAAUACAAACGUGUCAGCUUUGCAUGGCUCUUUUUUUUUCUUUUCUUAUUUUUUACUGCAAGGAAUCCCAGGAAUACAACAGAUAAAUAUGCGAUGGAUUGGAUGACCAUUUCAUGUCUUGUUUUAUACCUCAAAGUAUAUAUUUCCAAAAUAUCCUUUGAAAUAUGCUCUUUGUCUGCCAUCCUGCAGGAAUCAGAGAAGAUCAUAGCCGAGCUGAAUGAGACCUGGGAGGAGAAGCUGAGGAAGACUGAGGCCAUCCGUAUGGAGAGAGAGGCGCUGCUGGCAGAGAUGGGAGUGGCCAUACGGGAGGACGGGGGGACCCUGGGUGUCUUCUCUCCUAAAAAGACCCCUCACCUGGUGAACCUAAAUGAGGAUCCUUUGAUGUCAGAAUGUCUGCUUUAUUAUAUCAAAGAUGGAAUAACAAGGGUGGGUCAGGCAGAUGCAGAAAGAAGACAGGAUAUCGUUCUAAGUGGAGCGCACAUCAAAGAGGAGCACUGUAUCUUCCGCAGUGAGAGGAAUGCCAACGGAAAUGUGAUUGUCAUGUUGGAGCCAUGUGAGGGAUCUGAAACGUAUGUGAAUGGAAAACGUGUGAAUUCUGCAGUCCAACUGCGCUCAGGUAACCGCAUUAUCAUGGGAAAGAACCAUGUGUUCCGGUUUAACCACCCUGAGCAGGCUCGCGCUGAGCGUGAGAAGACACCAACAGCAGAGACCCCCAUAGAACCAGUGGACUGGACCUUUGCCCAAAGAGAACUUCUGGAGAAACAGGGUAUCGACAUGAAGCAAGAGAUGGAGAAGAGGCUUACAGAAAUGGAGAUCCUGUACAAAAAAGAGAAGGAAGAAGCGGACCAGCUGCUUGAGCAACAGAGACUGGUAUAUGAGAGUAAACUGCAAGAGCUGCAGAAACAGGUGGAGACUCGCUCACUGGCUGCAGAGACCCCAGAUGAAGAGGAAGAAGAGGAGGAGGAGGAUGAAGUGCCCUGGACCCAGCAUGAGUAUGAGCUGGCCCAGUGGGCUUUCAGGAAGUGGAGAUACCACCAGUUUACCUCCCUCAGAGACCAGCUGUGGGGCAAUGCUGUAUACCUCAAAGAAGCCAAUGCCAUCAGUGUGGAGCUAAAGAAAAAGGUCCAGUUCCAGUUUGUCUUACUCACGGACACCCUCUACUCUCCACUGCCCCCGGAGCUGCUGCCUCCAGAACCAGAGAAAGAGCAUGACACCAGGCCUUUCCCUCGAACGGUGGUGGCUGUGGAGGUUCAGGACCUGAAGAACGGAGCCACUCACUAUUGGUCCCUGGAGAAGCUCAAGCAGAGGCUGGACCAGAUGCGAGAGAUGUAUGACCGUGCAGGCGAGAUGGCCUCAUCCAAUCCGUGUGAGGAUGGAGAGGGUUCUUUGACUGGCAGUGACCCGUUCUAUGACCGCUUCCAUUGGUUCAAGCUGGUUGGGAGCUCACCUAUUUUUCACGGCUGUGUGAACGAGCGUCUGGCCGAUCGCACUCCCUCGCCCACAUUCUCCACCAGCGAUUCUGAGAUUACUGAGCUGGCCGACGAAAGGCAGAGCGAGAUGGAGGACUUCAUGGAUGAUGAGGCUUUCGUGGACGACACCAGCUCAGAUGCUGGGACCGAGGAAGGCUCUGACAUCUUCAGUGAUGGGCAGGACCCCUUCUAUGACCGUUCCCCAUGGUUCAUCCUGGUGGGCAGAGCCUUCGUGUAUCUGAGUAACCUUCUGUAUCCUGUGCCUCUGGUGCACCGUGUCGCUAUAGUAACAGAGAAGGGAGAUGUGCGAGGAUUCCUGCGUGUUGGGGUCCAAGCCAUCGCUGCCGAUGAAGAGGCUCCUGAUUAUGGAUCUGGUGUGCGUCAGUCGGGCACCGCUAAAAUUUCUUUUGACAAUGAGUAUUUUAAAAAGAGGGAUUUCUCCUCUGUGGUCAUGACCCGCUCUGGCCUCUCUUUGGAAGAGCUGCGUAUUGUGGAAGGUCAAGGUCAGAGUUCGGAGGUCUUCACCCCUUCAGAGGAGAUGAACAGAAUAAAUGACAUGGACUUGAAGCUCGGGAACGUGGACACAAAACUGGGUGAGGGUUUGGCAGAGCAUCUGGAAGUGGGCAGUAUCUUCACUUUCCGUGUCACCGUUCUGCAGGCGAGCAGCAUCCCGCCCGAGUACGCAGACAUCUUCUGCCAAUUCAAUUUCCUCCAUCGUCACGAUGAGGCGUUCAGCACAGAGCCCCUGAAGAACACAGGCAAAGGUGCCCCGCUGGGCUUUUACCACGUACAGAAUAUCUCAGUGGAGGUGACCGAGUCCUUUAUUGAAUACAUAAAGACAAAGCCAGUUGUGUUCGAAGUGUUUGGCCAUUACCAACAGCACCCACUGCACCUCCAUGGACAGGAAGUGGUCAGCCCUUCUCAGCCUUCCAGAAAGUACUACCCCCCACCUAUGCCUUUGUCUAAACCAGUGCCAGCCACCAAACUGAACACCAUCACCAAGUCUAACCUGGGUCAGUGUGUGAGCAAGUAUGACCUGCUGGCCUGGUUCGAGAUCAGUGAACUGGAGCCCACUGGGGAUUAUAUUCCAGCUGUAGUAGAUCACUCAGGAGGUCUUCCCUGUCACGGCACAUACCUUUUGCACCAGGGCAUUCAGCGUAGAAUAACAGUCACUCUGAUCCACGAGAAGGGCAGUGAGCUGCAUUGGAAAGAUGUCAGAGAGCUGGUGGUUGGUCGAAUCCGGAAUAAGCCGGAAGUGAAUGAUUCGGCUGCAGACGCAGUCCUGUCUCUCAACAUCAUCUCAGCUAAAAACUUGAAAUCUUCUCACACCUCCAGCAGCCUUUGUAUUGAUAGCGAUAUUGCUAGGACGUUCUACCGGUUCGAGGCUGUCUGGGACAGCUCCCUGCACAACUCUCUCCUACUGAACCGUGUCACUCCCUACGGAGAGAAGAUUUACAUGACCCUGUCAGCCUAUCUGGAGCUUGAUCACUGCAUCCAGCCUGCCAUUAUUACCAAAGACAUCUGCAUGGUCUUCUACUCCAGAGAUGCUAAGAUCUCUCCUCCACGCUCACUGAGGAACCUGUUCGGCAGUGGCUACUCCAAAACCCCUGACUGUAAUAAAGUGACUGGAAUCUAUGAGCUUAGCUUGUGCAAAAUAGCUGACACAGGAAGCCCAGGUAUGCAGCGACGGAGACGGAAGGUUCUGGAUACAUCUGUGGCGUAUGUGCGUGGAGAGGAGAACCUGGCAGGCUGGAGACCCAGAGGAGACAGUCUGAUCCUGGAGCACCAGUGGGAGCUGGAGAAACUCGAGCAGUUGCAUGAGGUGGAGAAGACGCGUCACUUGCUGCUGCUCCGUGAGAAACUGGGAGAGACGGCUCCUCCUAAAUGCCUGAGUGACUUUCUGUCUCCCAGUCUGAGCAGCGGCACCCUCAGCACCUCCACCAGCAUCUCCUCCCAGAUCUCCUCCACCACCUUUGAGAGCGCCAUCACACCCAGUGAGAGCAGCGGAUACGACUCCACAGACAUAGAGAGCUUGGUGGACCGCGAGAAGGAGCUGGCCACUAAAUGCCUCCAGCUCCUGACACACACUUUUAACAGUGAAUACAACCAGAUGUGCAACAGCAUCAGUGACUGCAAGUUAUCGGAUAUCUCUCCUAUGGGCCGUGACCCAUCCGUGACCAGUUUCAGCAGUGCUACACUCACACCCUCCUCCACCUGCCCCUCUUUGUCAGACUCUCGGACCCCUGAAGCUAACUCUCGUGCCACCAGCCCCUCAUGCUCAGACUAUGAGAACUUCCCCAUGGUGCCCAUUCUGGAAACGUCCUACCUGGCCCGCGCCGGCAAACACGAGUUCCUCAACCUUGUGCCUGAUAUUGAGGAAAUGAGACCUGGGUCUGUGGUAUCAAAGAAGGGAUUUCUCAGUUUCAUGGAGCCCCGUUCCAACUCCUGGGUGAAGCACUUUGUGGUGGUUCGAAGGCCAUACGUGUUCAUCUACAACAAUGACAAGGACCCAGUAGAGAGGGGUGUGCUGAAUUUAUCCACUGCCCAGGUGGAAUACAGUGAGGACCAGCAGGCCAUGCUCAAGACACCUAAUACAUUCGCCGUGUGCACCAAGCACAGAGGGAUCCUCCUCCAGGCCAACAAUGACAAAGACAUGAACGACUGGCUCUACGCCUUCAACCCACUGCUAGCAGGAACAAUAAGGUCAAAGCUGGCGAGGAGACGGUCCAGUCUGAUGAAGAACUGAACGAGUGUACACACGCACAGAGAUAGUGCUCAUUUCUCUUCGUCUACCUUUACAACGUACCAAAUGUGUUAACACUUCUAAAUCUUUGUGGUUCUUGACGGUUUCUCUUGUAUGUAGACCUGUGGCUCUCUUCUCCUCUCCAGCAAAUGAACUUUCAGUUCCCAAACACCCCUCUCCCUCCCUCCCCUCUCUGUUAUGUUAUUGAUUGGAUUUAUUCUGUCUUCAGUUUUGUUCGUUGUCAUAACUGAACCUCCUUCAAGUAGCAUGUUGUAAUAGUCUGUUUGUGUGUGCACGAAUCUUCAGAGCGGGUUCUGCUUUCUCUCGAGUUACUCUCGUCUGGAAACGUCAUCCUUACUGUGUUGUCUGCCAGGAACAUCUUACCCUCAGGAGAAAGUUGGUUUGCUAUAAAACCCCUAAUGCAUUGAGUAAAUGAAUAAAUAUAUUAAUAAAAAUAUAUAGAUAUAAAUAUAUAUAAUAUUAUAAUAUAUUACACAAAAUCAACUUUCUCUAAAAGAAGAUAUAUAGAAAAAAAAUAGCUUUGCUCUAGAUAUUGCUAAAAAGAAGAUUUUUAAAUGGACCAAAGCACUGAAUAUGCUUCAUUUUCUAAACUAGACAGAAAUUGACCUUUGAACCGAAUGUUAUUGCAGUAUUGGCUUAGUGGAUUUGCUGAAUCAAAGCAAGCCUUGAUAGUGGGGCGUUGAUCAUGUACAUACAGCCGUUUACUCGCACAGCCUGUCGCAAUUAAUUCCACAUAUCAAGGACAUAAACAUACCAUUAGCAAAGUACAGUAUGUAAUCAUAAGACAUAUAAUACCAGGGAAAGAAAAUGAUGGUGAUUAACCCUCACAUAUCGAUCUUUCGGUAGCCUACAGGAGUAUUCUGCUCUAUUUAAAUGAUUUCCUCCGUAGAUUAGAUUUAAAAAAAAAAAAUGGUGCAAAAGAAUUACCUUGACACAGAACAAAUGACCGAAUGAAUCCAUUUGUACAUAAUGUUCAGGAUUACUGUGCUUAACGCUACUCAUGACGAGACAUGAUGCAUUAUGGGUUUCUGUCCUUGUUACUGUAUUCCUGAAACACCAUUUUUGGGGCUGUUUUAGCAAGAAAGAUCUGAUGCUGUGGCCUCUUCUGAAGACGGUUGAGGGAGAUACUGAUUGCGAUUAGUUACAGUUACGAAGCGAAGGAUUGAAUUAUUGGUGUGGUUUAUUUCUGCUGUUCUGGGAAAAAAUCUAAAGUCGGCAGGAUCAUUAAACCAGCCUUUGUUCCCCUUUAGAAUGGGCAGGAUCACUUUUUAAUAUUAUUGAACAUUUAUCAUGUAUCUCUAGUGAUUAUCUUAACUUAUUUUUUAUUAACAUGUGAUCAGUGUUUUACAUUAGACAACGGAAGGCAAGAAGGGCACUUUUCUCCUUUUUAUUCAGCUGUUCCUCACUUAUUUAAACGACCAGGUUUGGCCACUAAAAUAGUUUGAUCACUGUCAGUAGAAAUCGGGCCAUUUAUGCAGUUCACUGCAGUUGCAGCGAGGAAAAAGGGAUGUUAAUGUUCUGCUUUUUUACGGUUUUGUUUUGAAAAUCUUUGCUCUGUGCAUUUGAAGACAUGCAGUCUAGACACACGCGCUGAAGUUAGCAGUGAUUCAGUUUGAUGGUGACGUUUCGGCCAUUUGGUUGAGCAUUUAACAGUCCUCUGGCCAGACAACCAGGAGGAAUUAUCACACUGUCAGACUGAACACUGUCAAUCCUAAUGAAGUCAAUAUUCUUGCUGCUCAUCAUAGACUGCAUUUUCUCUUCUCAAAGAACUUGCACUUUAGUGCACUUUCACAACAAACACAUGAAAAUGGCUCGGAAAGUCAAGUCCUUUGGUCAACCAGCCUUUAGGCUUCAUCUGAGCUGUUUGAUUGUUAUGGCAUCUGUGAAAAUGUUCACAUUGAAUAUUCAGAUCCGGCACAUAGAGUGCGUAAUGAGCACUGAAGGUUUAAGUGUAAGUUAAUGUUAGAAUUUUUUGCCAGAGCAAAGGUUUUUGGCAUCUUUUUUUUUUUUUUUACCAUCUUUGUUGAGUGGCUUGAUUGACUGUGUGUGAUAUUCAUAAUGAAUUUCAUUAACUGUAUUUAUUGUUUUGCAAUGUAUAUAUUAGUUUGCAGCUCUUUGCACAUGUGUUUAUACAACUAACAACAGAACAAAUAAAGCUUGAACAAUGUUUUUGUUGUUUUCUCAAAUGGUUUUAGGUUGUGGUGUUUUUCUCAUUGAAGUGGACUUUGAAUGUACCUUGCGUUUCACUAAAAAUGCAGGAAUUAUCUGAUGAAAGAAGAAUAUCUUAAUAACAAUGGGCACUUUUCACAUUUAGUCUAUGGAGGGCAGAGUUAUGAUGAGGCGUGUUCAUUUUUAUUUCUAACAUCAGGGAAUAUAUUUUCUAGAAAUAUAACGUUUCGCUUUUCCUGACACUGUUACCGCUUUGUUUUUUGUGCUCACUCAUGCAUUUUUUCCCCACGCUGCCUUUGAAGCAACACUGGCAUCACUGUAUCACCCCAUCAUUCCCUCUCAUUGUGAUGAAACAACAGAAAGCAGUUCAGCCAUGGCAUUGACAUUGUACAUUUUUUGUCAGAUUGGCUUCAUUUUCAUACUUUUGUAAAUAUUUCAUGUUGUAUGGAACUUGGAUUAAAAUGUAAAUAUGUCUUCUGUAUUUGUAAUAAUUAUAAUCCAUUCGCUGUAUAGCCUAGAUAUGUAAUGCAUAUAUCUUAAUUCUGUGUAUGGUAAUCUUGCACCAUUGACCUGUUUAGUGAAUGAGGUAAAAAUAAAAUUACAGCCAGUGCAUUAGAUGGAUAA